AGUGCCGCGGUGUCGCGUCGCGAUGCCUCCCACCGCCGCCGAAACGCUGCGCGCUUGGUUGCUGUCAGCGCUGGUGGUGCACGGUGCCGUCGCCGGCAAUCCGGACGCGAAGCGCUUGUAUGACGACCUCCUCUCCAACUACAAUAAGCUCGUCCGACCCGUGGUAAACACCUCAGAUGUCCUACGGGUGUGCAUCAAGCUGAAACUCUCGCAGCUCAUCGAUGUGAACUUGAAAAAUCAGAUUAUGACAACAAAUUUAUGGGUGGAACAGUCGUGGUACGAUUACAAGUUGCGCUGGGAACCGAAGGAAUAUGGCGGCGUACAGAUGCUCCACGUGCCGUCUGACCACAUUUGGCGACCCGACAUUGUCUUAUACAAUAACGCCGACGGCAACUAUGAGGUGACGCUGAUGACGAAGGCCAACAUCUACUACAACGGCCUUGUCGUCUGGCAGCCGCCGGCCGUCUAUAAGUCGUCGUGCGCAAUUGACGUUGAGUUCUUUCCGUACGACGUCCAAACAUGCGUGUUGAAGUUAGGAAGUUGGACCUAUGACGGGUUUAAGGUAGACUUGCGACACAUGGACGAGAAAGCCGGCAGCAAUGUGGUGGAAGUCGGAGUGGACCUCUCCGAGUUCUACAUGUCGGUUGAGUGGGAUAUACUUGAAGUACCUGCUGUCAGAAAUGAAAAAUUCUACACCUGCUGUGAUGAACCAUAUCUGGAUAUAACAUUCAACAUCACAAUGCGUCGCAAAACUCUCUUCUACACGGUGAACAUCAUUAUUCCGUGCAUGGGCAUCUCGUUCCUUACCGUUCUAACAUUUUACUUGCCAUCGGAUAGUGGUGAAAAGGUCACAUUAUCGAUUUCAAUCCUCAUUAGUCUCCACGUGUUCUUUCUGCUGGUUGUCGAAAUUAUUCCGCCGACUUCACUGGUCGUACCUUUGCUUGGAAAGUACCUGAUAUUUGCAAUGAUAUUAGUAUCAAUAAGUAUAUGCGUGACCGUAGUUGUGCUGAACGUGCACUUCCGGUCACCGCAAACGCACAAAAUGUCACCGUGGGUGAAACGGGUCUUCAUCCACAUUCUGCCGCGCUUGCUGGUGAUGCGACGGCCGCAGUACAUGUUCGAAACAAACAGUCGGUAUGUCUCCGGCCGUUUGAUGAUGCGUGGCCGUCAAUUUUCCACGUGCAUGUACCCGUAUCGAGGAAACGUGCAAACGUCAGACGAUUGCAGCCCCCGACGAUUUCCCAGUCGGACGCCGUCCAAAGACGAUAUGUCUCCAGGAGCUUUUCCGGGCCUCAGCGGUCCAUUCGGCGGCAGUUGUCAAAUCCACGGGCCGAUCGCAAUUCCGCCAAGCGAAAGCGAGGAUCUGACAGUUUCUGGACUGGACGAAUCCGGAAUCAAAUCGCCCGUGUUGCGCAAUCCUGCGUUUUCACAUUCAAGAUGCCCGCCAGAGAUACACAAGUCCUGCUUCUGUGUGCGCUUUAUUGCAGAGCACACAAAAAUGCUCGAAGAUUCAACAAAAGUAAAGGAAGAUUGGAAAUACGUCGCAAUGGUCUUGGACCGGCUAUUUUUAUGGAUAUUCACACUAGCUGUGCUCGUAGGCACGGCUGGUAUCAUUCUACAAGCGCCAUCGCUGUACGAUGACCGUAUACCCAUCGAUAAGAAGUUUUCAGAGUUCGCAACCACGACAGUGUUGCGAUGUCCACCUCCACAAUAAAUUAAUUAAGCGCAAACGAAUGCAAAACGAAACACAAAUCUCUUCAACCGAGUCAAGUGAAUGUGUAAUUGGAUUACAGCCAGAAUAAAUGGAUUGCAGUGGACUGAGACUGAAUAUCUUAUGAGUAAUAAUUAAAUAAAAAAAUUAAUUAGGAAAAAUUAACCAACAGUCGAUGGCAAAUAUAUACAAAUCUUGUUCAAAUUAUAUUUAACCAGUCGAUGGGGAUACAAUGCAAGAUGAUAUAGAAAGAAAUAUUUAAGAAGACAUUAAAUGCAUUUUUAUAUGAUUAAAAUACUAUUAAUAUAUGAUCAAUGAUCGACGAACGCGUUGUAUAAAUAUAUUUCGACGUAUUGUAUAUUGAAUAAAAACCAACACAUAUAUACAAGAAGUACACACAAUGAUUUGUGUGACACAACAAGAUUAUUGCUCAAAUAAAUAAUUUUUUACUUUUAUUGAAAGAAAAUUGAACUCAAUUUGCUUCAUUAUUGACUCAAUAUUUGCAUCAGAUGCGUACGUAAGUUUUGCGAUGCAACAAGAAACAACAACUGUAAAAUUAAUAAAACAUUGUAAACGUAAUAACAGAAGAACGUAUUUUUAUAAAAUUUGCGAAUAUAAAAUUUUAGAACGUUUCGAGAAAAUAAAAACACAUUCAUCGCGGAAAAAUGAAGAUAUCUUAGUAUUACUAGAAGAGAACUUUAAAGGUAUAUUGAAAUUUGACACGAUGUUGAUGAUAAUUAUUUUACGCGAGGAACCAACUCAUUUUUGGCAUUGUCCACGUAUUUUGUGUAAAAGAAUAUUGCAUUAUUAUAACAAAAAUAAUGGCUUGAGAAUACUAAGUUUCACAAAUGCAAUAUAAUGGAUAUGAUAAUAACAACAUUAUUAUUAUUAAUAACAAUGUUGAUGCGUCUCCAAUUUUAUGUAUUUACUGGAAUACAAAUUUAGUCUGAACGUUUAUAUCUCAUUUCAAAAAUAUCAUUGAGUCAGCAAUAUGAGCCGAAUAUAAAUAUUAAUGAUUUAUUAUGGUGACGAUGCUUUUUCAUGAAAAUUAUAUGAGAUAUAAAUGUUAAAAAAAAUAAACAAAAACAAGAUAAGGUGGAAAUGUUAAGUAAAUCUUAAUGAGUAACUGUAGUGCCAUUAUAUAUAAAGAUAUCAGAUAGAUUAAAUAAAUGUUAAGUCUCGACAACAACACAACGCGCAAACAUUGCAUGUAUUUGAAAGACGACAAAUACAAUAAAUAAUUUUUGCGUUCCAGUAGAAGUCACAUUCCAAAUAGAACUGAUAUCGUAAAAUGGAAAUCAUAAAUUAACCCAAUCCAAAAAGAAGAAAAAUCCUAAGCAGAAUUAAUGUAAAAUGUAAUAACGUAAGAAGAUGUUAAAGUAAAGAAAAUAUCUAAUUCAAUGAAUGUUAAAAAGUAAAACAGAAAAUGGCUAAAUAUAAACGAAUAAAUAUAAAUUAAAGAAUAAUCUAAAGCAGAGUAAACCCAUGGAUACAAUUUAUUAAUCGACGCAAAAAGAUGAGAAUAAUUUCCCCGUAAAAAGUAAAUGAAUGUAAAUUUAUGUGUGUAUAGACAAAACCAGAUUAAUAAAAACUAAUGACUAACACAUUCGAGAUUCUUAUAUAAUGAUACGAUACAUUAAGAAUACAUUAAAACACGUUAACAUGUAUGAGAUAUAUCGAUGAAAGAAUGCGAAGUCGUUCGUGUGAAAUCGAGAAUAAUGUACGAAAGUUUCUAGUGUUUUUAGAUGAAUAUUAAAUUGAUAUAAUGAUGCAAAUAAGAUAUUAUAUAACGACAAGAUACAACUUGAACAAGAAAGACAAAGAAAUAUAAAAAUUUAAGAAAAUUAUGAAGAUUAUAAAAAUAUUCUAAUGACAAAAAAGAAAUGAAAAUAAUGUGAAGAAUUUAGAAGCAUUUAAUAAUUAUAAGCAAUGUUCAGUAAUUUUAGAAACUGGUGUUAUUUAUAAAUUAAAACGAUUUUACUUGUAUUUAUAUUAGAUUAUUAUGUUUAUAUAUUGCAAGUUUUAAAUUUUUUAAUUGUUUGAUUUAUUUAUAAAGUUAAAUAAAUAAUGUGUUAGUAAAAAAUA